AUGUUGGAAUAUUCGCGACGAACAUUCGGUCGGCCCUUUAAGAAGAUGAUGCAAGCGCUAAUACCACUCGUCUUCCAACUCGGCGCAGCUGCUACUUGGGCGACCGUUGCCGCCCUUGUUGGAAUCAAGACGCUUGCUGUAACCUUGAUCAUUCUCAAGCUAUUGCUUGUCGCUGGUGCGGCUAAGAUCGGAGCGCUGUUCGCGUCCAAGACUCAGCAUCAUAACCAAGAAUGGACGCCUCAUCAGAAAGAAAUUCAUCUGCACAUUCACAACGGGGGCAACGGGUACCACGGAGAUGAACACAGGGUGAUAUCACCAUGGAGCAGAGACGGUCAAACUCAGGCAGCAGACACGAAACAAGUCAACGUUAUUGUAGACCCGUACGCCGGACCUCAAACUAUAAGCACACCGUAUGGACACUAUAUGAAAAUCGAACCGGGGACGUACGUAACACAAUAA